GACCGCAAUGGGACGGCCAAGAUCGCGGACUUCGGCUUGGCAUGCUGCUCCAACCACAAGGAGCAGAAGGUGAGCCAGGUUGCCGGGACGGUGGGCUACGCGUGUCCCCACUACGUCAACCGGGGCGUGGUGACGGAGGGCAGCGAGGCAAAAUUCUCUCCGGAGGUCGCUGCAGACUUCGCGGCGCUCGGGCUCCGCGGCACCGAGUACCAAGAGGAGUAUCGGCCCUUCUUCAGGGAAGUCAUCACGAUGCACCUCAUCACUUCUACGGAGGACUUCUACGGAGGCACCGCCGCCUUGGCGCGCAGAUGGCCCUGCGGGCGACCUCGGCGCGGGCGCUGCUCUGGAGUGUGUGAAGUCGGAGUGUGCGGGUGA